AUGGAGUGGGGGAAUUAUUCCAUGUAUGCAGACUUUGUCCUCCUCGGCUUGUUCAGCAAUACUCACUUUCCCUGGCUUCUCUUUGCCCUUAUCCUCCUUGUCUUUGUGAUCUCCAUAGUCAGCAACACCCUCAUGAUCAUUCUUAUCCAGGUGGACUCCCGCCUCCACACCCCUAUGUAUUUCCUGCUCAGCCAACUCUCCCUUAUGGACAUCCUAUACAUUUCCACCAUUGUACCCAAGAUGCUGGUUGACCAGGUUGUGGGUCAGAAGGCCAUUUCCUUUGCUGGGUGCACUGCCCAGCACUUCCUUUACUUAACCUUGGCAGGUGCUGAGUUCUUUCUCCUAGGACUCAUGUCUUAUGACCGCUAUGUGGCCAUCUGCAACCCUUUGCGUUAUCCUGUACUCAUGAACCGCAAGGUUUGUUUGUUUAUUGUGGUGGCAGCCUGGCUAGGAGGGUCUGUUGAUGGCUUCCUGCUCACUCCAGUCACCAUGCAGUUCCCCUUUUGUGCAUCUCGAGAAAUUAACCACUUCUUUUGUGAGGUACCUGCCCUUCUAAAGCUAUCCUGUACAGACACAUCAGCCUAUGAGACAGCCAUGUAUGUCUGCUGCAUCAUGAUGCUCCUCAUCCCUUUCUCUGUCAUCUCUGCUUCUUAUACCAGGAUUCUCAUCACUGUUUAUAGGAUGAAUGAGGCAGAGGGGAGGCGGAAGGCAGUGGCUACCUGCUCCUCACACAUGGUGGUGGUCAGUCUCUUCUAUGGAGCUGCUAUGUACACUUAUGUAUUGCCUCACUCUUACCACACCCCUGAGCAGGACAAGGCUGUAUCAGCCUUCUACACCAUCCUCACUCCUAUGCUCAACCCACUUAUCUACAGCCUCAGGAAUAAGGAUGUCACAGGAGCGUUACAGAAGGCCCUGGGAAGGUGUUUCUCCUCAGGAAGAGUAAAUGCUUUCUAA